AGAGAGAGAGAGAGAGAGAGAGAGAGAGAGAGAGAGAGAGAGAGAGAGAGAGAGAGAGAGAGAGAGAGAGAGAUAUUUAAGACGAGUCGAACACUGCACUGACAGGCAAGAGUAAAGACUAUCUUCAGCAGACUGCAAUAUAUUCAGAUAAUUUUGCUGUUAAAGUUUUAUCCUAACCAUCUUUUAUUCGCCGCAGCCAUGGCACUCAGCGAUGCAGAUGUGCAGAAACAGAUCAAACACAUGAUGGCCUUCAUUGAGCAGGAGGCCAAUGAGAAAGCUGAGGAAAUUGAUGCAAAGGCAGAAGAAGAGUUUAACAUUGAGAAGGGUCGUCUCGUACAAACUCAGAGAUUGAAGAUUAUGGAGUACUAUGAAAAAAAAGAGAAGCAGAUCGAACAGCAAAAGAAAAUUCAAAUGUCCAACUUGAUGAACCAGGCCAGGUUGAAAGUCCUCAAGGCCAGAGAUGACUUGAUUUCGGAUCUGUUGAACGAAGCCAGACAGAGGCUGGGAAAGAUUGCGAAGGAUCCAGUCAGGUACGCCACCUUGCUGGAAGGACUAGUGCUUCAGGGAUUUUAUCAGUUACUGGAACCCUCUGUGGUUAUUCGUUGCCGUAAACAGGAUCUUCCGAUGGUGAAGGCUGCCGUACAGAAGAAUAUUCCCAUCUUCAAGGCAGGUGUGAAGAAGGAUAUUAAUGUUCGCAUUGACCAGGAUAACUUCCUGCCACCAGAAAUAUCUGGAGGUGUGGAAAUCUAUAACGCUAAUGGAAAAAUCAAAGUGGCCAACACCUUGGAAAGCAGACUGGAUCUUAUGGCACAACAGAUGAUGCCUGAAAUCCGAGUUGCUCUCUUUGGUGCAAACCCGAACAGGAAAUUCUUGGAUUAGUGCAGUCUGCACCCAUUCCUGCCAGAUAAGCGGAGGGUGGUUUUAAACAGGGGUGAAAAAAAAAAAAAAAAAAGAACAUGUGAUGUUUAUAUAAAUAUAUUUAAAGACUCCAUUCUGUGUCAGUUCUGUAAAACUUUGUAUGUUAAGUGGAGAGAUGUGAGUUUGUGUUGUUGUAUAGCCCUGUGUUUUAUUUGUUAAUAUAACUGCAGUACUGUUAUUGCGUGGUUUGACUUGGUGGUUCACAUAGAACUUCGAAGUACAGAACAGGUAUAAGCAAUCUACCAAAAGCCCUUGCUGUGAAUCAGUUAUCACAUGCUUACUGUACACUAUGUCUACAUCAUAGUUAUCUUCUGUCUCGUGACUAUCUUGAUGCAGAACAGCCCUCCAUCCUAAGCCUUGCAGUUUUUCUUUUGCAGUGCAGUGUGUCUGGUAGAUCUGUUUGUGUGUUGACAGACAAUAAAAAAGCCAUUCUUGUCUUAAUGAUAAUGCAAGCCUCCAGUGUUAAGUGAUUGAGACUAGGAAACAAUUUAAUUGAAAAUGAAAUAUGACGACGGUAUCAUUUCAUCUGCUGUAUCUGUAUCUGUGGUUUCAAAAAAUAAAGAUGCUUGGCCAUCUUAAA